AUGACUAUCUUCGGAUGGCGGAGUCCACCGCCCUUGAUUGUUUCUACCGGUUCUGCAGGGCCGUCAUAGCAGUGUUCGGGGACUAUUUCUUGAGAUCACCCACUGUCGAAGACACUCAGAGGAUCCUUGCAACAAAUGAAGCUAGAGGUUUUCCAGGGAUGCUUGGAAGCAUUGACUGCAUGCAUUGGCAAUGGAAGAACUGUCCGUUUGCGUGGCAGGGAAUGUACAAGGGUCACAAAAAAGGCUGCACUGUGAUACUUGAAGCAGUGGCUACCCAUGAUCUUUGGAUUUGGCACUCUUUCUUUGGUAUGCCUGGAUCCAACAAUGACAUCAACGUCCUAAACUGCUCCCCGGUCUUUUCCAAGCUUGUUGAGGGUCAUGCUCCCCCGGUGGACUAUGUGAUCAAUGGUCGGCACUACAACAAAGGAUACUACCUUGCAGACGGUAUCUAUCCAAAGUGGGCAACAUUUGUGAAGACGAUCUCCAACCCUAGCACCCCCAAACUUUGCGAGUUUGUCAAGAAACAAGAAGCUUGCCGAAAAGACGUCGAGCGAGCAUUUGGUGUCCUACAGCAGAGAUUUGCUGUCGUCCGGUUCCCCGCUAUGACUUGGUCCAAAGAUCAGAUGUGGGAGGUGAUGAACUGCUGUGUGUGCCUACACAACAUGAUUAUUGAAGAUGAGCGAAAGCAUCCGGUUCCUCUGGCUGAGCAAGAAGCACCAUAUGAGAGAGAGGGUCCUCUUGCACAGCCUAAUCACCAAGUGCCUCCAUCAUGGGCCGCCUUCAUUGCUAUGCGCCAGGAGAUUCGAGACUCUACAAUGCACCAGCUGCUGCAAGAUGAUCUGGUGGAGCACAUAUGGAGGCUCCGAGGCAACGCCAACGCCGACGCCAACUAGUCUGUCUUAAUUUGUUUGAAAAAUUGUGAAAUUUGUGUGCUUCAUUUGUUUCAGCACUUGUUAAACAUUGUACUGUUAUCGCCGAAUUUGUUUCAGCAAUUUUCGUCCUCUUGUUUGCCGAACUUGUUAAAUUUUAUGUUGAAUUUGUUUGAAAUAUGUCAAAUGGUCGAGGUUGGGGGUUUCCUGCCGGGGGGACGGCUGGAACUUCGGCGCUCCCCACGCCAAAACUUCAUCCAAUCCGGACGAAAAUUUCGCCGGAUUUGGGCGUGGGGAGCGCCAACGAGUGGGGAUGC